UGCCCCUAAUAUUUUCCAAAAGGAUAAAGAAGACAACACAGAAGAACAAGGAGAGGUAGAAUUGAGCAUAUCCCUCAUCGCAAAAAAUGGCCUCAAUCACCAUGGCAGCCUCAUUCCUCAGCAGCAACUCCCUUGGCAGCCAGUCUCCGGUGACCGCCCGCCGGACACUUGUGGUAGCAAAUGCUGCUGCUGGUGGACAGAAGGUUAAGAUGAACCAUGACAGUGAAAAGGAGAGCAGCAAUGGGAGGAGAGAUUUGAUGUUUGCUGCAGUUGCUGCUGCUGCCUGCUCUGUUGCUGGGGUUGCAGCAGCUGAGGAGCCAAAAGCAGGAACCCCAGAAGCCAAGAAAUUUUAUUCACCAGUUUGUGUUACUAUGCCUACAGCUAGGAUAUGUCACAAAUGAAGUGUCUUCUGAUCUGUUGUGGCUGUUUUUAUUUUUAAAUUUUUUUUGUGAGCCCUGAUAUAUGAUGUUGUAAUCUCCUACUGCAUGCAAUCUAAAUUCUGCUAUUAAAUCUGA